AUGAAUUCAAUAUUAUUUAUAUUAUUAUUUAUCUUAUUCGAAAGUAUUAUUGCUCGAGGUCCACCGGUUCUUUUGAAACAAACACCAAAUUUAAUAACAUUCGAGGUUAAUGAAAAUGAACCAAUGGAGUUGCGCUGUCCAGUUGCUAUUACACCUGAUUUAUCUGUCCAAUGGUCAAAAAAUAAUGAAGAUUUGGAUCCAAUAUGGUCAACAUCAAAUUUAUUGAUUAGACGAUUUGUAUUAAAAAUUCAUCGUGCACAUAUAACUGAUGCUGGUUUAUAUAAAUGCAAUGUUGUCAAUGGAUUUGGUAAUGUACAAGCACAAUUUCAAGUUAUUGUUAAAUCAAAUGAAACAUCAUCGAAUAGUAUUAUUAGUAAUGAGCAACAAACUAUCAUGGUUUGGGAUGUUAAUUCAUUUAAUCGUGAAGCACCAAAAUUUCUUGCACGAGGUGAUAGAAGUCAAACUGAAUUGACUAAAGUUAUUCAACCAGAAGGUACAACUGUUCAAUUAAAAUGUUUAGCAUCUGGUAAACCAUCACCAGAAGUGCGAUGGAAAAAAAAUGGUAAAAUAUUAUCUGAAGAUGAAUAUGGUAUAACCCAAAGUCAAAUAUUGAAUAUUAAAGAUUUGCGCCAGUCCGAUACUGGAAAUUAUACAUGCGAAGUAUUUAAUUCAUUUGGUACGAUCAAUGCUACAUAUAUUCUUAUUGUUACAGAAAAAUUACAAUUUUUCGGUAAUGAUCCUGAAAACAUAAGUGUUGAAAUAGGUCAAUCAGCAAUACUUAAUUGUCGUGUUCAAACUAAUGAUCCAACGACAAAAAUUCAAUGGUUAAAAAAAAUUGAUAAUCAACAAUUAUUUCAACCUGAUUCUAUUGUAUUUGGUUCUGAACAAUAUGAAACUAUUGAACAAUAUCCAGAACAACAAUAUUUGAAUAAUAUUCUUUCAAAACCACUUAUUUUUCAACAAAUACGUAUGAAAGAAAGUGGACAAUAUACUUGUUUAAUACAAAAUGAUAAAGCUACUAAUUAUAAAGCAGCUUUUAUUAAUAUUAUCGAUAAUCAUAAAGGUAAAAUAACAUCAACCAAUAAUUAUUAUAUCUUACUCUACGCUAUUGUCAUUCCUUUGUUUAUUCUUGGUUUUAUUCUUUUCUUAAUUUUUUGUUUUUCUCGUCAUCGUCAAUAUAAUAAUGAUCAUCAUCAUUCACAUUGUACUAAUACCUUAAAAUCUUCAACAAAACCACGACAACCAUUAAUUCAUCAUAAUGAUGUAAUGUUUCUACCGACAAAAAGUCAUACAAGUAAUGAUUAUCUUGGAGAUAGUGUGGAUUCAAUACCAGUUACUAGACAAUAUUCACAACAACAACGAUAUGGUCUAUCUGCUUCAUCUGAUCGUGCAUCGCUUACAAGUUCAAAUUUGUAUUAUACACGGGUACAAGCAAUUUAA